AUGAAGCCCAAGAAGUUCCAUUAUAUUUCGUCAGUUCCUUAUUUUGACAUGGGCCAAACGUUGAAUACAUCAUCGUUGUUAUCUAAUUUCAAUGCCUAUAAUCAUGAUCAAAUAAAUAGCUCAUUGUCCUCUCAGUUUAAUAUCAAUGAACAGGAUACUACAUCUGAUUUUUCACCACCUUGUUUUAAUACAUAUGAACUUGAUAAUGCAAAUGCCUUCUUACCUUAUUUUAGCUAUGAACAUAAUAUUACAAACACUUCUGUUAGGUCAACUUAUAUUAAUAUCCAAAGCUUUAGUAAUAUGUUGGCUGGAUCGGAUGUUGAGGCUCAAUCAGAAGCAAGAGGGUUUAGCUUUCGAAAGAGAAGACGAGUUGUUGACUCUGAUGACCACACCAUAACAAGACGGCGAAUAUAUGAAUGUUUACAUGCUUGGAUACGUGAACCUGAAAAGACUAUUCUGGCAGAAGAUAGGAGAGACAGAGAUUCUGAAAUGAUCGAUUGUUCUUGGCAUAUUAAUUUGGCAUUUUCUAAAACAGAAAAAGAUGUUCGUAUUAAUAGUAUUUUAGGGAAGCACAAUCACAAAAUGAAUGCACUUGUUACUGAGAUGGCACCAAAAUAUCGAAAGCUAACAUAUGAAAUGUCUAAAAAAGUCAAAUUUUGGACUAUUCAUAGAAAAUUAGGCUUACCAACCCAAUAUAAUUU